AUGGAUAUAAGUGUUGAUAAAGUGUUCGGUGUCGGUUUGAACUCACAGUUUUUGCUGGCAAGUCAUGUCUUCCAUCUAGCCGUGUUACGGUUUCGAAAAUUCGAAACUGUUAUUGAUAGCGACUAUUUUAUAGAUAUAAAGUCUGAUACCUGUAUCACACCAGAAACACAGAUCGUCGGUGGAUCUCCAGCACAAAACUGCGAAUUCCCUUCCAUUGUCCACCUCCAAAUAUUUAACCAACCCACAGAUAACAUGAUUAGUUUAUGUGGAGGUACUUUGAUUGAUUCCACACACGUAUUGACAGCAGCUCACUGCCUCGAAGGAAAUGUCAGAAGGGUUAAAGUAAAUAUUGGUUCCAAUAACAAAUGGAGUCCUGGUUCUCAGUCAACAACUGCAAGUAGAAUUCUGAAACAUGGUGGAUACGUACAUACUCCAUACCUGAUUAAGAACGACAUUGCCAUACUGACUUUGAGCGAGCCUGUCCGCGAAGGUGGAUGUGUCCAGUUUGCACAAUUGGCCAAACAAGGAGAAACAUUUGGUACCCGAAGAUGUAUGGCUGCUGGAUGGGGAGAUUUCCAAUUUAAAGGAAACAGUCCUGACGAAUUAUACAAAGUGGCUCUUCUAGCUAUUCCCCAUGAUGUAUGUACAAGAAGGUCAAGGAUGCGAAUUGCUGAAGGAGUUCUCUGUGCCGGAGAUUUCAGACAAGGUGGAGCAUCUACUUGCCAGGGUGACUCUGGUGGUCCUCUUUAUUGUCCAAGCUCAAGUGGUCAAAUGGUUUUGGCAGGAGUAACAUCUUUCGGAAAUAAAUGUGACAACGAAGUCAGUGCUUUCAGCGAUGUCGGAUAUUUCCGAGACUGGAUCAAUAGUAACCUGUAA